UUAAGAGUCAAUUUCGUAAUUCCUUAUUUACUUCCCUUGUUAACAUGGCGAAGUUCCUCGAUUCCCGGUUUUUACCAAUUUUCUGUCGUUUAUCUCACAGAAUUUAUCGAAACUCCUUCAAAUCUGUCUUACAAUUGCAGCAACAGCAAACCCAUCUAUCUAAAUGCAAAGCUCGGCACCUUUGCUCAAGUCCUGUUUUACAAAAAGAAAAGCGAAACAAAAUUUCUGACGAAGAAGAUACACCAAAAAAAAAUGCUGGUGACAUCAGUGAAGAGUUGGCAACCGCUGCCAAAGAAGUUGCUGAGUCUUUACCAGGAGAUCCUUUACAAACUCAGUCUCAGUUACUACAGAGGUUGCAGGCUCAUAAUGUGCUAUCAGAAUCCCAAAAGACAAAUGCAGCUGAUGCGAAACCUAGCUUAAGCAUUGAAAAUUUAUUUGCUGGGAUGAAAGUUAUCAAAGAGAAAGCAUCAUAUUCAGGAAAAGAAAUGAAAACUGAUUCUCAGACACCUCAAAUGAAGAGACAAAUGCCCAAGUCAAUCAUCCAUACUGAAACAGAUAGCACAAAGAUAUUUUCUGCUCCCGGCCUUAAAAUUUUUGACAAAGUUACACACCCUCCACCUGAACCAGAGAAACAAAGCCUGUGGGAUGAAAUAAAUGAAGAAACCUUAGCUACCACUCCUCUAUUCCCUUCAAAUGCUUUUGAAGAAAUGGCUAUUUGGACGAAAGAAGGAAAAUACUGGACAUUCCCAAUCAAUAAUGAAGCCGGUUGGGAAGAAGAAAUAAACACAGGAUUCCAUGAACACGUCUUUCUAGAAGAUUUGAUUGCUGAUUUCCCCUCAAAAGGACCAAUUCGUCACUUUAUGGAAUUAGUCAUUACAGGACUUUCAAUGAGCCCUUAUUUAACAGUCCAACAAAAGAAGGACCAUAUUUCCUGGUUUAAGAAUUAUUUUGAAGAAAAACGACACUUACUUAAAGAGGAAUUGGCUUUAAAAUAAUAAAAGAAAAAUUCAUAAUCAACAAAAAAAUGCAUUA